AUCCAAGGAAGCACAGGAACUUGCCACCCACCAUCCAUAACGAGACCUCUGGUUUUCACAAUAUGUGAAGGAUAAAAGCAUGUUUUCCUUGUACCCCACUUCUCUUCUAUAAACCAUAAAGCACAAAAUUCACAUCAAAUGUGGGUCUCCCCCAAAACACCCCGUCAUCAUAUAAUAUCAUAGACACUGCAAUCAAAUUUUAUUAUUAUAAACAAAAUCCUUACCACCAUUCUCAAUCAUUUCAAAAAAGAAAAAGAAAAAAAGAAAAAACCAUUCGCUCUCUACAAUCUCUCUCUCUUAUAAUUUCUCUUCUAAUAAAUGAGUACCUUUCACAACUUGUGAAAUAACUUCCAAACAGAAUUUACACAACAAAUAACAAACACUUUUGAGAUUCAGAACCAUGUCCAUCACAGGACUAUCAUCAGACACAUCAAAACUUUACAAAAAAACAUUUCAUCUCAGAAACGAUUCUGAUGAGCUUGAUGUUUUUGAGGCAGCUAGGUAUUUUUCAGGAUACAAUGAAGGUUCAGGCUAUAAUGGUGCAAGUUAUACACAGAAAGUUAUCAAAGAAGAUUAUAGACAUCAAUGGAGGGGAGGAAGAAUGAGCUUAGAUGUACCAAUGAGAACUCCACUGCCUCAUCAACAGUCUAAGACAGUUGAAAAGCAAAUAUUGAAAGAGAAGAAAUAUAAGCAACCAAGCUCUCCAGGUGGCAGGCUUGCUAGUUUCUUGAAUUCUCUUUUCAAUCAAACAAGUUCCAAAAAGAAAAAGUCAAAGUCUACAACACAGUCAAUGAAAGAUGAAGAUGAAAGCCCUAGUGGAAGAAGGAAAAGAAGAAGUAGCAUUAGUCAUUUUCGAAGCUCAAGUAGUGCUGAUACAAAAUCUUUGUAUUCUUCUUCAAGUUCUGGUUUUAGAACACCUCCUCCUUAUGCACAUACUCCUACAAAGAGUUACAAAGAUUUUAGAAGCUAUUCAGAUCACAAACAAGUAAUUUCCUUGCCGAAGCACAAUGGAAAUGUGAAAUCUACAGGCUUACAGAAUGAGAUAUUGGACGAUAAAAGGAUUGCAGAUUUGUCUUGGUUGGAUGAGAAAUUUAAAUUCAGUGAUGGAUUUUCUGAGAAAUCCAAGAAUCUUGGAAGUCUUAAAUAUAUAGAAAAAGAUAGGAUUUGGGUAGAUCAAUAUCCAUCAGAAGAGAAAGAAUUUAGAAAAUUCAAUGAAGUGGAUGAUGGAGCUGAAAGUGAUUCAAGUUCUGAUUUGUUUGAGUUACAAAACUACGAUUUAGGUAUCUAUUCAAGUGGUCUGCCAGUUUAUGAGACAACACAUAUGGAUAGCAUCAAAAUAGGAGCACCAAUUUCCAAUGGCACUAUCUGAGAAUGUACAUUACAUUUUCCUCUGUUGAUGGGUUUUUUGUUGUUAUUACUAUUAGAAGUUGUGAGAAGAAUAUUUGAUGAUGUUCUAGAUUUUACAAUUUCUGUUUUUACUUAUGGCUAUUUGCUUUCCAAGCUGUUUCUCUGUAUGUACAGUAUGUAAUGUUUCUUUGUCUUUAUUUUCUCUCUACUUUUUCGGUUGUUGGGGCUGGAUUGCAAGAACAUUAAAAGUCUACCAUUGGAUUUGUCUUGCUCA